AUGAAUCAUGAGAACCACUUCGACGUCGACAACCAACCUCACCUCUACUUUGCGGUGGCAUUGCCCGACAACGAGGCCAUGUCGCUCAUAUCUUCCGUCAGCAGGACUUCUUUCUCACGGCUCUUAUCCCUCCCGCCAGCGAUACGACGAAACCUAUACUCGACUGCAUCCGCCUCCACAACGACACCAGAAAUCUACGAUGUCGUCUGCAUUGGAGGUGGUCCCGCCGGCCUCUCCCUGAUCUCCGCCCUCCGAUCCAGUCCUUCUACGAAACACAUCAGGAUCGCACUCAUUGACGGACAAGACCUCACUGCGAAUACUUCGAACGAUCCAGAAGUGUUUUCCAAUCGAUGCUCCUCCCUCACUCCGUCCUCCGUACGAUUCCUCCGCAAUAAUGGCGCCUGGGACCAUGUCAAUACAUCAAGAGUACAGCCGUAUCAUAGCAUGGAUGUAUGGGAUGGCGUGAGUGGGAGUAAGAUCAAGUUUGAUCCUUCAGACGGCUCGUCAGUCAUGGGAAGCAUUGCACAACUAUUACCAGGAAGUCAACUGGCGCAGAGCUGGAGGUCACAACCGGAGAUGCAGGAAGUGGCUACAAUGUGCGAGAACUCCAAUCUCACAUCGGCACUGCUCAAUCGAUUAAAGGGCGAAUCCUCGCAGUCUCUCACCACACUUCCCAAAACCCGCGUACAAGACAUCUCCUUCGGUGCCGAGCCAUCCGAGGAUGCAGACACUCCAGAUCUUUCGCAAUGGCCGAUUAUAACCCUGCCAGAUAACAGCACAAUUGCAGCUCGCCUCUUGGUUGGAGCUGACGGUGCAAACUCUCCCGUGCGUGCAUUCGCCAACAUUCCCGCUCCCGGCUGGGACUACCCACAACACGGCCUUGUCGCAACGCUCUCCCUGGACACCACAUACCCUGCCGAUGUCCUCCGAACCGCCUACCAACGCUUCCUCCCGACUGGACCGAUUGCUCUUCUGCCUCUACCUGGAAAUAAAGCUUCGCUCGUCUGGUCCAUCACGGCAAAGCAUGCGGCAUAUAUCAAAACCCUACCUCCUGCCUCCCUUCUUCCACUCCUCAACGCCGCCUUCCGUGUCGAUCCUAUAGACCUGGACUACCAUCUCACGAAUCCCUCCACAUCGUCAGAAGAUCUCGCUUCCGAUCUUGCGUGGCGCGAAUCCGUGACAUCUCCAUCAGCAACCGGCCUCCCAUCCUCCAUUCCGCGAAUCACCGCUGUUCAGCCCAACACUCUCGCAUCAUUUCCGCUUCGCCUUCGCCACGCAGACACCUACACUUCACACCGCAUCGCCCUGAUCGGCGACGCAGCGCAUACGCUACAUCCACUAGCCGGCCAAGGCCUCAAUCUCGGUCUUGCGGACGCGGAGUGUCUGGCGAGAUGCAUCGCUCGUGGUGCUGACACGGGGAUGGAUAUUGGCACAGCGUGGUGUUUGGAUCAGUACAACUCCGAACGGUGGGCGGCGAACAAUGCCGUCAUGGGAACAGUGGAUAAGCUGAGCAAACUAUUUUCCGUACAGAGCGGGCCAGUGGUUUGGGCGAGGAGUUUUGGGUUGGGCGUGUUUGAUCGGUUGGGAGUGGUCAAGGGAGCUGUGAUGAUGGCGGCGGCGGGGAGGUGA